CAGAUUGUGUUGGAUGAAGACCUGGACACUGUAUAUCGUGGGGACCAGAAGUUAAGAGUACAUCUUGGAAACAACACCGUUGAAGCAAUAACACAGAUAUUUCUAUCCAAACUAUCGGAUCCCACUCAGAUUUUAGGUAGCAGGGACAUUCCUGGUACGAACGACUCCAUGGUAACGGUAGGCGCUUCCAUCGCGGACGAGUUCAAGGACCUGUUGCAUGACUACAAACUGUCUUUCGAGAUUUACGUGGAGGACUACCGCGAGAGCAUCGAGGAACAUCUUCGUGAGAACCUACGAUUGGCCGAAGACGACAAAGUCGGCGAGUUCAACUUUGCCAGAUAUCAUCCUUAUAAUGAGAUACGUCAAUACCUUACGGACACGGCAGGGAGGUACUCUAACCUCGCAACUGUGGUGACCGUAGCGCACACAUUUGAGGGAAGACCAGUCUUGGCUUUGAAGAUCGGUGUAGCAAAGAAUACUCCCAAGCGCGCGGUUUGGAUAGAUGCCGGGGUCCACGCCCGGGAGUGGAUAGCACCAGCUACAGCUCUGUACUUCAUUAACCAGUUGGUGACGCGUUACGGCCAUGACCAGACCGUGACAGACCUUGUGGAGAAGUUAGACUGGUACAUCGCCCCGGUUAUCAACGUGGACGGAUACAUCUACUCAUGGUCUCAUCCUGCGAGGAGGCUGUGGAGAAAGUCGACUUCUUACGACAACAGCACGUGUGCGGGUGAGAACGCUGACACCACUACAGUCCGGAACUGCACCUGCUUGGGCGUGGACUUGAACCGUAAUUGGGACGUGCACUGGGGAGAACCGAUAGGCUCGAGCUGGGAUCCUUGUAGUGGCACGUACCACGGGCGGUCUCCGGUGUCAGAGCCGGAGGUCAAAGGAGUGUCAGAUUUCAUCCUACAGCGCCGGGGGGAGAUACAGGCUUACCUGUCACUCCACUCCUACGGUCAACUGUGGAUGUACCCGUACGGCUACAACGCGACAAAAGUUCCCAAAGACAACAAAGAUCAUGUGAAGCUGUCAGAAAUAGCGACCGCGGCCAUCCGCAAAGUGCACGGCAAACAGUACCAACAUGGCCGAGUGGCUGACAUUUUGUACGUAGCAACCGGCAAUUCUAAGGACUGGGCGUAUGAGAAGGCAGGGAUAGUUCACUCUUACGCCAUCGAACUGCGGGACGUCUGGGAGUACGGCUUCCUUCUCCCGCAUGACCAGAUCUUACCUACAGCACAGGAGCUGUUUCCUGCAUUCAUUCAGGUCGGCCUGUACGUGUGGGACGGGCCAAACUAUGAGUACAUUCCCUACCCAGCCAGUGGGGCGGAGAGUACCGGGCGUCUCCUGGAUUCUACUGUCUACCAAUGGCUACUCGCUACGUCACUGAUGAUGCGUAUUUUUAUUUGAGCAGCUAAGAUGAGAGUUCCAGUCACAUAAUAGUAUAG